CGGACCCUGAUCGCCACUCCUGUCCCUGCUGUCAUCAGCCACAGUCACCGCUCGACUUUGCUCCUCACCAAUUUGGCAAAAAUGUCGAAACCCACAGAGACUGAACGGUGCAUCGAGUCCCUGAUUGCUGUUUUCCAAAAGUACAGUGGGAAGGAUGGGAACAGCUGCCAGCUCUCCAAAACUGAGUUCCUCACUUUCAUGAACACGGAGCUGGCCGCCUUCACAAAGAACCAGAAGGACCCUGGUGUCCUGGACCGCAUGAUGAAGAAGCUGGAUCUCAACAGCGAUGGGCAGCUAGAUUUCCAAGAGUUUCUCAACCUUAUUGGUGGCUUAGCUUUAGCUUGCCAUGAGUCCUUCCUGAAGGCUUCCCAGAAGCGUGUCUAACCCAUCCAGCCACCAACCCAUCACAUCCUUCCCCAUCCACACCUGCACUGAGCCCACCACACCCACCAUAAAACGUAACCCAUUCCUGCUGGUAGAAAUAAAACAAUGUCAUUUUUUUUAAUGUA